CACCACAUCCCAGCAAUGGCUCUGGUUUUGCAGCUGUUACCGCUGCUGCUGUCGAGGGCCCAGGGGGACCCCACGGCUUCACUGGACGGCCGCCCCGGGGACCGGGUGCAUCUCUCCUGCGGAAGCGUCUCGCAUCCUAUCCGCUGGACCUGGGCGCCUAGCUUCCCGGCCUGCAAGGGUCUGUCCAAAGGACGCCGCCGGAUCCUGUGGGCCUCGUCGAGCGGGACCCCCACUGUGUCGCCCGUCCAGCCCUUUGCUGGCCGCCUACGUGCCCUGGACCCUGGUAUCCGGCGGCUGGAGCUGCUGCUGAGCGCUGGGGACUCGGGCACCUUUUACUGCAAGGGCCACGACAACGAGAGCCGUACGGCACUUCACGUGCUGGGAGACGGGGCCGAUUGCAGGGCUCCGGGGCCUACCCAAGUUCCCCCAGGAUCCGUGUAUCCCCAGUUCGUGAUCCCGCUGCUGGGCGCUGGGCUGGUGCUGGGACUCGGAGCGUUGGGCGUGGUCUGGUGGCUGUGCAGGCGCUCGCCCCCGCACCCGCCUGGACCACUACCCAGAUUUGUCCUUCAGCUCUGUCCCCCCCACGUAGCUCCACUCGUGAAAGCCGAGCCCCAGAGGCCAGUAAAGGAGGAGGAGCCUAAGAUUGCAGGGGAUCUGGAUCAGGAGCCGAGCCUGCUCUACGCAGACCUGGAUCAUACGGCCCUCAGAAGGCCCUGCCGGUUGUCCCCAGUGGUCUCCAGUGAUGCCUCCACCAUUUAUGCGGUUGUCGUUUGAAGGGAAGCCCUUACUCCAAAUCUCACAAGCGGGGGGCUCCCAGCUCUCCAUAACUCCCAUCUCCUUCUUGGCCCCUCACCUG